AUGUCUUUUGCGAUUUACCUUAUACAAGCUGUUGCAUUUUUGGAUCUUUUAGCUGUUGGCCUUAUUGUACCUUUAGUAGCUGGACAUGUUCGCGAUAUGGGCGGGAAUCAUGUCUAUGUGGGGUUACUUGGAUCUGUUUACGCAGGAUUCCAGUUGGGUUCUGGACCCCUAAUAGGCAGUUUGAGUGACCUGAAGGGGCGGAAAAAUAUUUUAAUAAUGACACUGCUUUUAUGUGGCAUUGCAUACACUGUGAUGGGAUUCACUAGUUCAAUACUUGUUAUAAUGGUGAUUAGAGCAGUGUUAGGACUAUUUAAACAGACACAAAUGUUGACAAAAGCGUUAGUGCCUGAUUAUGAAAAGAAUGAACAGAGACAAGCUGAAAUAUAUGGGAAGAUGGCAGCCAUAUCAGGAGCUGGUAUUACCCUUGGCCCAGUGAUUGGUGGUCACAUAGCUGAAGACCACCCUGAGAGUGGAUUCUUGUUGGUUGCUGUAAUUGUAGGGAUAUGCUUUGCCAUUAAUUCUGGAUUGGUGUAUUUCUUGCCAAAGAUAGACAGUAAAGUGCCUAAAAAGAAAGCAGCAAAUAAAACAAAAGGAGGAGCACAACCUAGUUUACUAGUUACUUUGUAUUCCAGUGUCCGUCAAUCCAUAGUUGAAUUGUUUCAUAUAGAUUGGAUCAAAUAUUGGGACAUUUUUAUGUUCAAAGCUCUAAUAGGAUUUGCUAUGGGAGUUUACUAUUCAAAUUAUUCACUAUUUCUUAAAACAGAAUAUGAAUUAUCACCAAAGUAUAUAGGUUAUGUAAUAUCUUUUCAAGGUGUAAUAGGCUCAUUAUCCAGUUUUUUCAUUGGUUAUAUUAAUAGUUUUUAUCUGCAUGAUAAAGAUUACAGUAUAAGAAACAUGCAUGUGUUUUUUGUAACAAGUUUGUCAUUAUUAGGACUAGCUCUAUCAUUUAAUGUUCUUGUCUAUGCCUUCUGGUUGAUACCUCUAGCUAUAGGUAAUGCAAUUGGUAGAUUAGUAACAUUAGAAAUGGUAUUGAAAAGAAGUGAUGGAGACCAUAGAGGAACAUUAAUUGGUGCUUCCAAUAGUGUAAGGUCCCUCACAGGUGUAGUUGCUCCCAUGGUGUCAGGAGUAAUAGGAGAAUACUAUGGAGUAUCUUAUGUAAUUUAUGCUUCACUUUGUUCAACAACAUUAGGACUUGCAUUAAGUUACAUGAGAAAAAUUAAACUAACAAAAACAGAUUAA